UGACUCGAAGCCUUUAAGGGAGAGAGCAUGGGUGUCUGAGGCUGCUGGCGAGUUUCCCCUGCACAACCAUGGCCACAGAAUCGUAUCUGGUGCAUGAAGAGGCGAGCAGAGGAGCCGGACUAGCGGAGUGUUUCCUCGUUCCCGACACUUACAGGGAUGAGUUCCAUCCCUUCAUCGAGGCGCUCCUGCCGCACGUGCGCGCCUUCUCCUACACCUGGUUCAACCUUCAGGCGCGCAAGCGCAAGUACUUCAAAAAGCACGAGAAGCGCAUGUCCAAGGAUGAGGAGCGCGCCGUGAAAGAUGAGCUUUUAGGAGAAAAGCCUGAAAUAAAGCAGAAGUGGGCCUCACGCCUGCUGGCCAAGCUCCGCAAGGACAUCCGGCCCGAGUUCCGCGAGGACUUUGUGCUCAGCGUGACGGGCAAAAAGCCGCCGUGCUGCGUGCUCUCCAACCCGGACCAGAAGGGCAAGAUGAGGCGCAUCGACUGCCUCCGACAGGCCGACAAGGUGUGGAGGCUGGACCUGGUCAUGGUCAUCCUGUUCAAGGGCAGCCCGCUGGAAAGCACGGACGGAGAGCGGCUGGUGAAGUCGCCUCAGUGCUCCAACCCCACCCUCUGCGUCCAGCCGCACCACAUCGGCGUCUCUGUCAAAGAGCUGGACCUCUACCUGGCCUACUUUGUCCACUCGCCAGAAUCAGGACAAUCAGACAGUUCCAGCCAGCAGGCAGACUCGGACAUCAAACCUCCACCAAACGGACAUUUGAGCUUCCAGGAUUGCUUCGUAACGUCAGGGGUUUGGAACGCGGCCGAGCUAGUACGAGUGUCACAGACCCCGGUUGCCACGGCGUCCGGUCCUAAUUUUUCAUUGGCUGACCUGGAGAGUCCGGGUUACUACAACAUCAACCAAGUAGCGCUGGGCCGGCGCUCGCUGACAUCACCACCAUCUACCAGGGCCGAGGUGGAGCUGUACGCAAGUCUUCCUCGGAGCUCCACUAAACGUAAGUCUAUAGAUGACAGCGAAAUGGACAGCCCAGUUGAUGACGUAUUUUAUUCCACGCGCUCUCCUGCUGGCACCAGUUCACAAUCCAGCGGCUGGCCCAACGAUGUGGACACAGUGCAGCACCACUUGGCGAGCGUUCAGGAGAGGAAGAUUAAACAUGAAAACGAUGGCGUGCAGUUUCCUUACCAUGGGCUGUCCUCUCCCGGGUCUCUAAAGAAGCCGUCGGGGAAAUUCGAUUUCGGCGCCCUGUCGGCUCAGACGAGGUCCCCCCGCAUGGCCUUCACACACCACCCACUGCCCAUGCUGGCGGGAGUGAGACCAGGGAGUCCCCGUGCCUCUGCCUCAGCCCUCCAUUUCCCCUCUCCCUCCAUCAUCCAGCAGUCCAGCCCGUACUUCACUCACCCCACCAUUCGCUACCACCACCACCAGGACCCGCUCAAGGAGUUUGUUCAGUUCGUCUGCGCCGAUGGCACGGCCCAGCCUGGCGCUCAGCCUAACGGGAGCGGUCAGAGUAAAAUGUCCGGCUCUUUCCUGCUGCCUCCGCCUCCUCCGGUGGCGCGGCCGGUGCCCCUCCCCAUGCCCGACCCCAAACCCAGCCACACACACCCCGACGGGGGACUCGGCUCACCCACAUCACCCUCAUACUCCUCGCCAAGCUCCACAGCUUCCAACAGGUUUGUCGGCAUCGGAGCACGGGACAACUUUCUAAACAUCCCACAGCAGACACAGUCUUGGUUCCUUUGACAAGAUCCUUCUGAAACACACAGACGUGAGGUCUGUAGCCGAAACGGGAAACACAAAGCUAGGUAUGGACUGCAAUUAGCAUAUCACACACCCCAAUUGACUUAAACCUGCAAGCACCCUGAAACCUUCAACAUGAGCCCUGUAAUGAGGAAUCCAGAAACCUUCCAAAUGAUUCUUCAUACCUGAAAAACUUCCACAUCUACAAAAAGCCUGGAAAACUUCCACAAGAUUAUCCAAAAAGCCUGAAAAACUUCCACACGAUUCUUCAAAAACCUGGAAGACGUCUGCAUGAUUCUGCAAAUCUGGUAAGAAAAAAUAAAACAAACCAGAUAACAGUGACACAGACAGCAUGGAAUGGAUGAUGUUCGGAAAACCGGAAAACUGUUUUGAAUAAAACAAACAAACAAAAAAAAAGACUUGAUUCCAUUCAGGAUGAAAAAAGAGACAUCUCACUAAGUCUUUAUAAUGUUACCAAGGCAACCUGAAUAUUGACCAAUCCCUUUUUUUUUCAUCCGUCAUUUUUCUUGUUUUCAAUCAUCCACCAAUCACGCAGCAUGGCCAAGAGAUUCCGUUUUCACUCAGCCACAGUUUUAGCUGAUUGGUUGAGAUUUAAUAAUUGCUGUACUUUCUGUCCAAUGAAAAAUACGUUAAAGGACGAAUUACCUGGAUGAUUUAAUUCCGCCUGCAUGACGUCAUCUUCAUUAUCCGCAUCGACCAUCUACACCGUUCAGCCGUGCUUCACCCUUAAGCCAGUGGUUUGAGCAUGGCCACACCCAUGCAUCUGAUUGGACGAGAAAUGCACUGGUCUGAUUGGCUUGCUUCCAGUUGGCCAGCUUCCAGUGGGGGGUGCUAUUCAAAUAUGUUUGACAUGCACAAGAAAUUUCUGUGACUGAUUUCUUGUCACAUAGUGACUGACUGACAGGGACGCAACAUUUGAUGUGCAGUUUACCCUGUACACGUAUGCACUAUUCAAAAUGAGAUUUGAUAAGGGAUGACUUUUGUGUGGGGGCUUAAAUACUGUGAUCAGUACUGGCAGCAGGGCGAGCUAGCUUUGUGAUAAAACUUCUUUGUUUUGUUUUUUUCUUUUGUUAUUUUUUUUGGCAAGCAGGCUGUCGCAGCACAAUAGGGUCGCCUUGGCACCCUUUCUCACUCUUAUACACUCACAUACACACACACAGAAUGCACAAAAAUGCGUCUUUCCUAGCAAUACAAAAAACAAACAAAAGAAAUUAGGGGUGGGCAAUAUAGCACAAAUAUAACAUCACAAUACUUGUACACAUCGUCACAAUACAACACAAAUCAUUACAUUUGGUUUUUCUGAAGCCUCAGUACUGCCACAUUUCAACAUUACUGUCAAAAACUAAGAACAAUAAUUUUUGGUCAGAUUUUUACACACUGUGCUGCACUUAAUUCAGUUAAACAAGAUUUAUUAUGCUUUACGUAUUGAUAAUAUCCACAGUAUUCUCAGAAAAAACACAUCACGAUACAGUAAAAUAACGCCAUAUUUCCCACCUCUACAACAUGCAACUGACCAUCUACAAUCAAGUUUUUCAUUAUUAGCUAAUCACAGUAAUAUCGAUAUUAGCAAUAGACCGAAGACAGUGAUGGAUAAAAUAAUUAUGUUGUAAAAAAUAAACGUGUUGUAAGGCCUUUAUGGAUGCAUGAAUGCUACUGGUGUAACCAGCCAUGGUAGUUAUAAUGCUGUGGCAGAAUUAUAACAUUGGAUAAGAGUUUUGUUAACACCUGAAGGCAGCAUUUGUAGGGCUACAUUACAGUUACAUAAGCCUGUAAUGGCAACUGACAUAAUCCUCUGUAAACAUUUAUAAAGGCUGCUUUUGUCAAUGCUGAUGUUAUUUCACCUCAGAAAUUUGUUGAAAUAAGCCUUUUUAAGUGUUUAUGUAGGUUUUCGUCAGAUUUCUAGGUGUUGUGUAGCCUUAUGCAUGCCGCUCUUAUGCUGCGUUCAUGAAGGGUUAAUGACACGUGCCAUUAAAGUAUGUACUACCGUCCUUCAGUUUCAGUGCUACCAUUUCAGUGUCUAAACUUUAGUCAGAAGUUCAGAAAAAAAGUCUCUCUCUGCUGAUAUUCUUCUGGGUUUUUCUUUUGUUUUGCAGUUGGUUUUGUUUUGUUUUCUCUCAUUGUCUUUUUGGUUUAGUUUUGACCAGUUUCAUUUUGUGUUGUCUUGGUUUAUUUUUGGCUACAGAAUUAACUGCAUGCGAGUUUACUUUGGGUUUGCUUACAUUUCCUGUCCCAGUUAACAAUAACAAAUAUUUUAGGAUGACUUCAUUUUUCAAAACCAUAACAGCUGGAUAAUAUCAACAUCUCUCUUGUGAUUUCAUGGUUUAGGGUUGUUGCCAUAGUGACAGCCUCCUUCAUCAGUACUAUAUCAUACCCUGCCCUCCGGUCGCUUUCAUCCUCAGUGCUCACUCCCUGUCCAAGAAGGAGGUUGCUCUUCAUCUCGCUGACAUCACUUCCUGCACGCUCUGUUUCUGUGUUUAAUUUCAUCAUUCAACAGCUGCCAGUUUAAUCCAUAACGUCCUGCAUUACACCGCCAGUAAUCGUGGUGUGAGCAUCACAGAUCAUUCUCAAUGGAGCAUACGCACACACACACACACACACACAAACACGAAAGCACACACUUUCGGAUUGCACUAUGAUAUACAAUUAAAACCCUUAAAACUAACAAAGGGAAGCCUUUCAUUCAGUUUGGCUGAUGCUAUUCCACUUAUGACUUUUAUUUUUAUUUAAUCUGAACAUGAACAAACCAAUAACAGCAUUAGUGUCAUAAUCCAGCAAUACACUACAUACACUCUGAACUAGGGCUGUCACAAUUGAAUUUUUAGUAUUUGAGUAAUUUACAGAUUACCUUAAUGAUUAAUUGGGUAAAAACGACAAACUAGGAAGCCUUUAAGAAGGUAUCGCUGCUGUCUGAAUAAAACCUCCUAUCUCCAUUUUCAUCAAUUUUCAGUUUUUAACAUAAUUCAACAAUGCCUGUUGCCCUUUACAUUAUGUCAAAAAUUCAUGAUGAAUGGACCAAAAGAAAUGCCCUGAAAUUGGUUCUGGUUCCAUUGACUUACAUUAAAAGUAAAGUAUGUUUUUUCCUUCUCCUGUAAAGUUACCAUUUUGGAGAUACAAGGUUUUGUUCCGACAACAGCGGUAUAUACACCACUCAAACGUUUGGACAUGCCUACCAAUAGAAGGUUUCCUCAUUUUUAGUAUUUUUUCACAAUUUAAAAUAAUCAGACAUCAAAACUUUUGACUUUUGCCAUCUUUUUGUCUAGAUGUAGUUUCAGGCCCUAUUGACCAUUCUCUUGAACAGCUUCAUGAGGAGCCUCCUGAAAUUAAGAAGAUACACACAUGCUGAGACCCUGUUGUCACUGAAAACCACUUGUUUUCAAUGUUAAAUGAAAUACAAUUUAAAUUUUUGUAGAAGUUUCAUUCAUAAGCAUCUUUUCACUAUUUGUAUUUAUAUUUAAGAUUAAGAAAAAUAUAUCACCAUUGUUGGAACAAAACCUUGCAUCUCCAAAACGGUAACUUUACAGGAGAAGGAAAAAACAUACUUUACUUUUAAUGUAAAUUAAUGGAACCAGACUUUUUUCCAAGUAAUUUUGGGCCGUUUCCUUUGGGCCAUUCAUCGUGAAAUUUACACACAAUGUAAAGAACAACAGGCAUUUUCAAAUUAUGUAAGAAACUGAAAAAUUGUUCCGACAGCGGCGAUAUUCGUAUCGAAUUGUAUCUAUAUGUGUACGCUGUAUAUGCUGAUCCAUCGAGAAGGUACAUUUUAAUGGUAAUUGUGACAGCCCUAGGCGUAAACACUACAUAUAUGCACUCAAAACCACUGCUAUCACAAAAUAACUGGACUGCCUGGCUGUCAGUCACAUGUCAGGGAUUCUCAUUGGCUGAGACCAGCUCAAAGCCCCUCCCCCUCUUUGGCUCUUCCACGCAGCUCAGUAAAAUUCUAAUUACCCACCAUGCGUCAAAGUGCCUCUGUACCCCCCCCCCUCUAUAUGCAACCUAUCUGGCAUUGAUUUCAGGGUGUGUACUCUGUGUAUAAGCUACAGAAUUAAUGUACUAUAAUGUAUCAUGGCUUAGCAAGAACCAGAACAUAGGAGACUGGAAACAUCGCAAUUUAUAAAUAUAUAUAUUAUCCAGACUUAAUAUCAUGCUCGUACAUGCUGUAUAUAUAUGGAAAUAUGUAUAGUAGCUCUUCUAUGAAAUAUGGCAGUCUAGUUAUUUUUUGACAUUUUUCCCAGUCAGUGAUGUCAUCUCACAUUGUCCUCCAGGUCAAAAAGAAAAUCAUCAUCCAACCCACAACAUCAUCAUCAUAGUGUGAGUUAUCACUCCUGGUCCAGGCCUGUAGAUGAAACGAUACAAAACACCAUCAACAGACAAGUGAAUUAGUCCAUGCGCUGCCCACAAAUGUGUUUCUUCAUAGCAACUGUCGCCAAGGUGAGCAGAUUUACUGAAUGUGGACAAAAAUUCCAUUGAAUUCAAUGCGAAUCUGUAGGACACAACUUUACACAGAGUGCAUUAUCAGUGUCAGAUGAUAUUUAUUUUAUGUGCAUGUCAAAGGUCACAGUAAGGAUAGAUCGGGUGUAGUUAGCAUGGUAGUUGUUAUUUGCAAAGCAACCCACAUAGUUUCGAUUAGCAACAACAUAGCCCAGCUUGGUAGUGCAGCAUUUUAAACUGGAAAUGUAAAAUAAAUGCAGAUCAGAAAUACUAAUGCAUAUUUGUUACAUGCCAUGAUGUACUCCCAAAUGAAACUUACCAGGGAGGGUUUCCUGAGUGCUUUCUGUCAAUGUACUUAUGUUAUAGCUGAAGAUUGGGGGGAGGAUCGUGGCUGAAACCCCUCCUUCUUUCAACCUAAGACCCUAUAAAUUCACAUCCUCACCUUCCGUUCCCAUGAUGAAGGGUUCGCAAUCCCUACCACCCCAUCUCCCCCCUGUUCCUCGGUCGUGCAUGAGUCCUACUACAGCUAUGAGGGGGGUCUGGCCUUCUAGCUACAGGCAUAAGGCAGAACUCCAGCCCAAGUUCUCAUAGUUCUCCCCCUCCCUCAAUCAGUCCUCCCUCAUACUACCACCACCAUGUUAAAGGCAUAAUCUGAACUCACAGAAUGAUAGGGGUGAAGGGAGGGGGAGGUGAAACCUGAUCUUAUUGGUUAAUAUUAUUUUUCCUGGUGAUAAAAAGUCACAAAGCUGUGAUUAAAGAUUAUGAGAGAACAAGAGUUUUGCCUAAAUAUGACCUGAGAGAUGAACUAACAAGGUAAAAAAGUAACUAAACUAAAACUGAGUUGUGCACUACGUUGUCUCAUUGGGUUGAACUGGAUUUUUGUCAGAGUUUUGUAAAACGUAUCCAAUCUUGCAGCUAUGAAAGAGCAUAUUUGUGGGCGGAGCAUGGACAGGUCAAACGACUAAAUCAUUGGUUUUCUUUGUUGGGAAAGUAUAGUAUUCAUGAUAAUGGUAAAGAAGGUGGUGUUUGUGGACUGAGCCGUGUGCAAUGUGUUGGUAAUUGAGAAUUUGAGAAUUUUAAGAAAGCAGUCUUUUUUUUUUUCUUUUUCCUAAAGUCCACUCGUCCUGGACUCUAAACUCGAGGGCCAUGAGUAGUAUCUCAAUCUUUGUACAUUUUGGGGGAAUUUUAUUUUUAUUUUCCAUUUACCUUUUUUUAAUGUUUAAUUUGUUUGUUUUUUUUUGUUUUGUUUAUUUUGUUUUUACCUAUUGGGGAGGGUGGGUGAAAGGAACAAUUUUACAAAAAUGUCAAAACAGAUAUGUAUUAUGAUAUGAACCUGGUGCUUGCUUCGUAUAUAUGAAAGUGCGUUCAGUCUACCGUAUGAGAAUGAUACUAAAACAGACUGUUUCUCUUCAAUCACAUUUUAAGAAAUACGACAUUUCUCUUUUUGUACUCAGUGGGGGAGGGGUUCAUACUUUUCUAGGUUGUGACAAAAGGCAUUUUACUUCAACCUUUAAGAAUUCAAGAAUUCCUGAAGUUUAAUUUAACAUUAAAAAUGUCAUGAUUUAAAAUUCAAUCAAUAUAACUGGUUUAGAACAGAGAAUACAUGCAGUUUUGAUUUUCCGAUGUCCAUAUUUUUGAAUUUUCAUAAGUUCCAGAUCAUCAAAAUCAUCUCAAAGCUGGCAAUUUGUCAGGGUAACAUCAUAAUGUUCACUGUAAAUUUAGGAAAAAGUACUUAAUAAGCAAUGCAUGUUGCCUUGGUGAUGAUUCGAGAGAUGUCGUACCGUGAGCUCAGUAUUUGUAGAAGUUUUUGUAGCUUUUAGGCAAUUAUUCACCACGCAGACGGGUUUUUGAAGGAGAAGGAAUGUUCCGGAGAGCGAAUCAUGUUGAAGAGUGACACUCAGAUUGGGGGACCGUCCCCACUCCCCCCGCCGCACCACAUGAACACUUCCCCUUUGUAAAUGACCCUUCAUAGUGAUUGUGACGUAGUGUUAGUAGUACGCAAGCAUUUAAAGGUUGUUCCCUUCAAAGUGCCUUUUGUUCACAGACUCUCAUCUUGUAAAACAUGGAAACUCCCAGUUCUUAAAAUGAGAAAAAAAAAUCCCCCCUUCACCUUUCCCUGUCCCUUUUUUUUCAGGCUUUUCGAAGCCGUAUAUAUAUAUAGUAUAUAGUAAUACAGGAAAUGGAUGUGAUUUAGUUCUUUUUAUUGUACUGAAAAAAAAAUGUAAAGGCAAAAAAAAAAAGCUUCUUCUUCUUUCUGUGUUUCCACAGUGUCUCUCUCUCCCCCUCCCUCUCUCUCUCUCUGUCUCUAUUUGCGUUUUUGGAGGAGUCGUAAAAAGUUGUCCGUCUUCUUUACCCCGUCCUACACCCACCCUCGCCACUUUACUCCCUUACUUUUGAUAGAAGGGUUUAAAAAAAAGAAGAAAAAAAGAGAUGCAGAACCCUUUUAUUUUCUCCUCCACAGCGAAGUAUCCCCCCGUGUCUGUACGCUUCUUAUUGUUAUGCCAUACCGAUCUCUCCCAUUCUACAGCUUCUUCUCCAUUGUACUGCUAGUGUAAGUGAAAUGUGGCCAUUUGGGCUUUGUGGGGUCAGCUCUAGGUAAAGGUUGCUCAUUUGGACUGAUCUAGGGUCAGCUAAACUGAUCUCAGGUCAGUCAUUUAUAGGGGCAACCUAUGCCAUCAUAGUUGGAAAUGUCUCUUUUUUAAUAGGUUGCAAUUUUUGUUGUUGAUGUUUUAUUGCCUUGGGAUAAUAGCUUGUGGUGGGUUGAUGAACAGGAGCAAGAUUUUAUUUUAGAAAGUAAUUAUUUCGACACCAGUGGCUUUGCAGUAAGUGCAGGAUACCGGGGCGAUAUUAUGCAGCUCGAGUAUUUAAAUUAAACUUUUUUUUCUAAUUUAUUUGUUUGUACUUAAAAUUUUGUACUUUAUUUGAAAUUGCUUUGAUGCUUUUCUAUCAGGGUAUGGUCCAGAAGGUUCUCUCCAAGAGAAGACUGGACCUUAAAACUUUACACAAAGCACCUUUCUAUUGUGGAACAGCCAGGCUACUUUUACGAAACCGUUGAUUGAUGACUUGCUACAAGCACCUUAUCGACAGACCGAUGAACAUGAGGCAGAAAACACUUCAGAAUCCUACAAAUGGGUAUUUUUGUUAGUUUUAAAAAAGCUAAACUACAUAGGCUGGUGUUUCUCACAUUUCAGUCACAUUCACUCAAAUCAGUGUCAGUAUUAAUAGUGCGGAACAUGGGAGCCUCUUUUUUACAUAUAUUUUGACAUGAAUAGUUAAAAAAACAAGCCCUAUACUUGCAUAAGUUCAUCCCUAAGCUUUCAAAAAAGCUGCAUCUUACUGCCUCGUGAGAUCUGUCUGUUUUUAAUUUAAAAAAUUGUUUGUUUUGCUUCCGUAAGUUUCUGAGCUGCAGAGCCUUAGGCUAGGAGUAGUAGCUCUACAUACAGAUUUGUACACCAUCUCAUAUUGCGGAUGUGUUUGGUGUAGUAUUAGCACCCCUUAGUGGACCCCCGGUGUUCUGCACAUACUAUAAAAGCUCCAAUUUCAGCUAGCGGCCCCUCAGAGCCCACUGGCAAAUGUGCAUGUGUUAACUACAGAUUCUUUUCCAUUAUAAAGAAAAAAAAACAGUUUGUAAAGAGCAGCAACUGGUUGAAUAAAUGAUGUUCUUGACUGUA